UGAUGGCUCCUUGUUUCUUUCGCUGGUUGCAUCUCCCCACGUGCGGCAGUCCCAGCAAGUUGGAUUGAUAAUUGGGCACGUCGGGUCCGGACUCGAGAGCAUUCCCCCCGAGGCGCGCCCUCGACGCACAUUAAGGGGGCACUGCCCUUUCUUUGCACUGCCGCCCGAUGGCCUUCUCCUCUCCUUCUCAAUCUAACCAUCAGCCGCAGCCCAACCCGCCCAAUGUCGACUUUGCCAUCUGACCAUGAGGCUAACAUCUCAUAUCCAGCUCUGCUUGGCCCAUUAUUGUGACCUUCACGGGCCCACGCCCUUGAUGGUGACCGAGGGGCUGCCGGUCCCCUGCAAGGCAUGCUAUGACGACGAGCUGCAUGGUAGCACGUGUACAAGUACCGUGGUUGGCCGCGACAGGCCUCGCUCCGGUGUCCCAACUUCCAGCGAAUCCGCGCACACGACCACUGCAAUCACCGAAGCCUUGCGCCGACUUGACUUUGCCGGCCCGCACCGGAGCUCGUCUGUACCUGCAUCCGAGCAGGAGGCUCAAGCCCACCGUGCCUCCCUCCGCCAAGCAGCCCGGACUACUGCAGCUUCCGGCUCUGCCAUUGAGACCCCCCCACAAAGCCCCCGCAUGCCCCCGGGCCCCGCCGCACAACAGCAGAAGCCGCGCCAGGAGUCGGGCUUCCGCAGGACAUAUGACGAAUACGUGACCCGGCGUGCUGGGCCUUGCGAGAACUGCGCCUUGACAUUACCGAAACGACAAGAGGGUGGUAGCGAAUUGGGCGUCGAACCACGACCCGAGCGCGGUCCCACACUGCGAACCCGGGCGCCAUGUGCGCGCGUGUUCAAGGGCGUUGACAGGACCUCGCCGCCGACCUCAGAGUCUUCGUCGUCGGCGCCGUCUGAGGACGAGUCCAACACCCGGCCACGGCAGUCACACCGUCGCACUGGAACAUCCAUCUCCGUGACAUCGCGAUCCAGCGCGAGCUCCUCUAGCACCAGCGCCAAUGCGCACACCCAUUAUCUCGACUACACAUCGACCCACGAGCCCGUUUCGCCAUCGUCCUUCUCCUUUGUCCGCGCCUCGUGUCUGCGUACGCUCUCGCUCGAAACUCUCCCUCGCACGCCCGCGACGGGCCCACCUUCGGCGGGAAGCGCCAUGCCCACCCCCAGCGCAUCACCGAACACGCCCGCCUUUGUCACGACGCACAGCAUCGGCUCCGCAGCGUCGGGUGGCCCCAUAUUUUUCGGAGACCCCGCGACCGGCUACACCACGGCCUACAUCUUCCGCAUCCCCGACGUGCACGCCCGAGGCCACAAGCGCGUCUACGCCUUUUUGGCCCUCAGCAACCACCGGGAACGCCUCGCCAUGAAGACGUUUCCCUUCAUCGCGGCCGCGUUCCGGGACAUGGCGUCCUGGAUCCAGGAGCUGGCCGAGGCCGAGGCCGAGCGCGCGCUGGCAGAGUCGACGGGUUCGUCAGCCAGCAGCCCCAUCGUUCCGGGACCGGGCUACGGAAGCUUCUCCCAUUCUGAGCCGGCCGCCCCCGCGGUGAUUUCGGGAGCGGGAGGAGGAGGGGGAGGAAGCAGCAGCAGCAGCAGCUUCCUGAUGGGCGGCAUGGGCGGCCUGUCGCGGCGCAUGGGCGGCGGGUUUGGAGGCUCUGCGGUCGCGCUCAAGCAGCGCGGCUUGGCCGAGUUGGUGGGACUCCCGGAUUUCUUCAUUGAGCUGCAUACCAAGUUUGUGCGGCUGCUUCUUGAACUCGGGGUCGUGCUUGGCUCGUGA